GGGUGGGACGAGGUGGGGGACGUCCACUAGGGAAAGCCCUUUUGGGCCUUUGUUCCUGGCAUGAGCUGGACCCAGACCAUUGACCAGCCAGUCAUUUCGUUGUCCUGUCGGCCACUUGUCUUGGGAUCCGAGGGACAUAGCCUGAGAGGAGGAGGAGGUCUCUGGGCCCCUCAUCUGAGGUGGGCAUUGUCUCCCAGGGCCCUGGCUGAGGUCUCGGCAGAGUGACCCCUGCGCAUCUUCCUCUGUGCCGCCCUGCAGGCUGAGUUCGCUUCCCCGUCUUGGGGUGCAGAGCGUUGGAGUUGAGCCCUGGCUGUGCUGCCUUGGGCCCUGGGCAGGUCACCUCGACUCCCACGGGGUGGGGCGGACGGUGGUAGGGCGUACAGGACCCAGUCACUAAGCUUGGUCAGGACGGCGACGUGGCCAACUUCUCCCACCGGUUAGGUCUGCUGGGUCCUGGCUCGGCGAAUGGCAAAUUCUCUGGCCCAUGGGACACGGGGGCCGCCUCUCGGGGACGGCCCAGGCCACAGCAGGGACACUUUGCUGGUCCCACCGGCCCCCGGGGUGCACAGGGGCGCGGGGAGGUCCCACCGGCCCCCGGGGUGCACAGGGGCGGGGAGGACCGUCUCCGACCGACCGCAGGAAGCACGGAGCAAGAACAGCGAUUUCCGGGCCCGGACGGGAGGGAGGCCUGGGGUGCGGCGCCGAGCCGUCCUGCGUGGCCGGGCCUCGCCUCCGCUGUGCGCCCCGGGGCGGGGACCCUGCGGCCCGCCGUCCGCCUAGCAGGGGCCUUCGCGCUCCGGGCGGGGAAACGGUGCAGCCGGGCGGCGCGGGGCACGGUGGGAAGCGGCCGGGGGCGGGACCGGGCGUUUCCGGACAGCAGGCCCCGCCCCCGUGUCCCAUUGGCCAGCACCGCCCCCGCGCCAGUGAGUGACAGCCGUGGCGGGGCGGGCGCAGGCUCCGCUUCCGCCUGGCCAUGGGGCCGCGUGAGCUGCCGCCGCCGCUCCUGCUGCUGCUGCUGCCAGCGCUGCUGUGCGGAGGCCAGGAGCCCACGUCUUCGCACCACGCGCAGACCACGCUCUCGUCGCCGCCCGCCGCAACGAACGGGAGCCAGCCGGGCGCGCCGCACAACGGCACGCACCCGCAGCUGCCGGCCUCCUCGGGCUCGCCGCUGCUGCGCUCCUUGUACGUGCUCACGGGCCUCUGCAGCCUGGCCGCGCUCUACUUCCUCAUCCGGGCGUUCAGGUUGAAGAAGCGGCAGCGGAGGAGGUACGGCCUCCUGGCCAACAGCGAGGACCCCACGGAGAUGGCCUCGCUGGACAGCGACGAGGAGACAGUCUUUGAGACCAGGAAUCUGAGAUGAUGCUCAGGGCGAGGAGGUGGCAUUUUCAGCCGUCCUGGGGGAAGAACAGACACAGGGCCUGCGCCCGGUGCCUGGCGCACCCCAUGAUUCUCCUGCCGGCUUUGCUGCACCCUCAGAGCUCGUGUGGGGCCUGCCCAGCCUGCCCGAAGCCGCUUCAGUCCCCAGCUGGACGGGACACCCAGGAUGCCAGGCAGAAGCCAGAGGGGCCCUGGCAGGCCUCCCGGGACUGAGGCCCCUGGCUGGACCGUGACUCGGGCUGCUCACCCUUCCCCGGGGGCUGCAGCUGCCCUGAGCUGAGGGGCCGGUCUGGGAGCACCUUCCCCCUGGGCUGGGGACAAUAAAGGCACCAGUGGCUCUCGAGUUGGCCCCCAGCUCCCCACUGGGCCAGACCCGG